AUGCUCCUGACGGGGAAGUCGCAGAUUCUGAAGCGAUGGGCCGAGGACUUCAAAAACGUCCUCAGCCGUCCCUCCACAAUCUCCGAAGCCAACAUCGACCAGCACCCCCAAGCGGUACUCAACGUCGACCUAAAUCACCCGCGCUCAGAAACCAUCAGCGCUGUCCAACAAAUCUCCAGCGAUAAAGCACCAGGCCUCGGUGUGAUCCCAACGGAAAUCUACAAACACGGCGAUGACCGCCUGAUGGACCGACUCGCGACGCUAUUUGAGGAGAUUUGGCGCUGGAAACAGGUUUCUCAAGAUUUCAAGGACACAUCCAUUGUUUGCCUCCAAAAGCGAAAAAGGAGCGGGCAACUGCGUGAUACUCACAGAAAGAUCUUGCUACUCAACAUCGCCGGGAGGAUUUUCGUCCGCAUCCUCCUCGGUUGCCUCAACGGUCACCUAGAUCAAGGACUUCUGCCGGAAAGUCAAUGUUGCUUCCGACGACACCGGGACACCAGCAGCAUGGUCCUUGCCGCUCGCCAGCUACAGAACAAGUGCCAGGAGAUGCAAAUCUACCUUUACACUACUUUCGUUGUCUUGACAAGAGCCUUCAACACAGUGAGUUGCGAGAGACUGUGAAAAAUCAUGCAGAAAUUCGGUUGUCCUAAACGAUCCACGCACAUGGUGCGCCAGCUCCGUGACAUGACGAUGGCGCGCGCCAUGGACAACGGCCCAAUCUCCAAGGCAUUCGCAGUGACCAAUGGAGUGAAGCAGGGCUGCUUUCUCUUUCCCACCCUCUUCAGUUUCACGUUCUCUGCCAUACUGAUGGACACCCACCGUAAAGAGUGGCCUGAGAUACGCAUCGCCUACAGAACUGACGGACAUCUCAAUUGCAGGCGUAUGCAGGCCCACGCGCAACUGUCUACGGCUACCGUCCACGACCUGCACUUCGCCGACGACUACGCGCUCAACACUACGAGCGAAGAAAACCUAUAA